AGAAACAAUAAUUUUCCCUCACAAGUUCCAAAUGACUUUAAAAACUUCAACAAAAUCUAUUGCGGGCGCCGGUGGCUCGAGUCAGGAGUUAAUACGAUUAAAACAAGAAUUCGAGCGAAAAUAUCAAGAAAACGAAGUGUCCGAGUCGAGUGAGAAACUGAAGGAAUACAAGUUUUUGGCCAUUUUGGGACAGGGAGCUUUCGGCUUGGUGAAACUUGUGAAACACGAACCGUCUGACAAAUUUUACGCUGUAAAAAUUCAAGCUAAAGAGAAAAUUGUUCUAUCAAAGCAAGUCAAACACUUUUUAAACGAAAAACGAAUACUAAGUGCUAUCAAUUUUCCAUUUGUUGUCAAUCUAAUGUUCUCAUUGAAAGAUAACAGCAAUUUGUACCUCGGUAUGCCUUUCAUUAAUGGUGGUGAAAUGUUUACACAUUUAAGAAAAGUUAAAAGAUUUGAAGAAGAUCUUGCAAGAUUUUAUGGUGCUCAAGUUGCUUUGGGUCUUGAAUAUUUGCAUUUUAUGGGGAUGGUUUAUCGUGAUUUAAAGCCAGAAAAUAUUAUGAUUGAUCAUUUAGGAUACAUCAAGAUAACUGAUUUCGGUUUUUGUAAAAUUCUUAAGGGACGUACGUACACAUUAUGUGGAACGCCUGAAUAUCUCGCACCAGAAAUUAUUCAACACAAGGGAUAUGGAACAAGCGUUGAUUGGUGGUCCUAUGGAGUUCUUCUCUUUGAAAUGUCAGCCGGCUAUUCACCGUUCAGUGUUGGAGAUCCCGAUCAGAUGCAAAUGAUGGACAAAAUUGUUCAGAAAAAUUUCAGAAUGAGCUCAAAAUUCAGUCACGAUUUGAAGAAUCUUAUUGGCCAUCUUUUAGAGACUGAUUUAACAAAACGUUAUGGAAAUCUUAAAGACGGUGUUAAAGAUAUCAAAAAUCAUUCAUGGUUUAAAGUCAUCAACUGGAGUUCACUUUAUAACCAAAGCAUUGAAUCGCCAUUUGUACCUCAAGUCUCUGGUCCCGGUGAUUAUUCACAAUUCGAUAAAUUCAACGACAUAUUUCUUCCCGUGUCGAACACAGACAAAUAUGAAAAAGAAUUUGCCGACUUUUAA